AUGAAUGAAGCACUGUGCUCUAUUCUCUGCGGGGAAAAUGAAUGGUGCUUUCAUACAGAAGGCCAAUCAAUCAAGUUCAACCAGGAUGGUACUGGCGAGUUAUGGUGCCGUUGCAAUUUCAACUAUUUCAUCGCCACAGAGCUCGAAUGGAAGAGCAUCGACCCCCCUAACCGCUCUACUCAAAUCGCAAGCUCCACCAGCAGCCUCACCCACACCAAACUCCCCCAACUCCUAGGCCAGCUCACCCUCGAAAUCACCCUCGUGAAACAGAUACCCCAACACGCACGAGCCUUUCUAUCAAGAAGCACCAUUCUCAACGAGCUAGGACUCAGAGAUGCUGCCUUUCGUCCUAAAUCCUACACCAUCAGGAUCGAGAAAGGCAAUUUCGUAGAGCCUUGUUGUAUUAGGGGUAUGAGCCCGUCUAUGCCGAGAUUCGCGCUUCGUUUGCUGUUUGAUACUUCGCCGUAUCCGCCCCGAGUGGAGUGGAGGGCGCCAGAGGGCGGGCCAGAUAGUAAUUGUUUUUGGGAGCAUAGAGAAUUUGUUGGGAGAGCCGCGCCAGAUUUGAGGAAGUCAGGGAGAGCUAUGAAUGAUUUUCCUACGGAGGGCUGGAACUCCUGCGUGGUGUCGUAG